AUGCAAAGCGACAAGGGUAUUGUGUAUUGUAACAGAGUUCGUAUCGGUAAUUGGUACGAGGCUUCAACAUUGGAAGAGUACAAAUUGAAUAAGUUCUUGCAACAAAUGAAGAAAGGGGACUUGAUGCUCGCAAGAUACCGUAAUAUGACCGAAAAUAUUAACAAGCCGACGACACUCACCCAAACUUCAGGACCGAUUACAUUCGGAUCUAAAAUGUCUUUAUUAGCACCACAUGUGUCGGCUACGGACCCACCCAUCGAAGGUAAAACUGGUGUCCUACUAGGAGGUAGGAUAUCGUCAAACCAAAUAACAUACUCUCAAGAAUUGGAGGAUGGGUUUACAGUUGUUGCUCUGCCCGAUUUACUUCCAGCGGAAAGGUCAACAUUUAUUAUCACGAGUGCAGACUAUUGUGAUAGAACAGGCGAACAGUUAAAAUAUAACCAAGAGUUUCUUCUAAUGUUAUCAUCAUCCCAGAAAAAGAAGCCCCUAUACAUAAGGUAUGAUCCGGAUCCUAUACCAGGUUUGUGUGGUUCGUUACCAUUGUAUCUGAGUCAAAAUGCGGUGUCUAAUACACGCUGGAGAAUUUUGCCCGAACAGAAGCCCAACAUCACAAGAUUUGAACAAGAAGGCCAGAAUGUAAUGGUCAAUACUGAUGUUAUUGUGAAUCAUUGUGCGACAAAUCUUAAUUUAGGUGUAAAUACCAGCUGUUGGUCUAUGGGAUUUUAUGGACAAGUGUGUGCCCCUUUAAUGAAAACCUGCUUAGAUGUUUAUGGAAAAGAGUUACCAAACAAUAUCUGGCAAAUCUAUAUACCUUUAAUAGAAACUGAUAAACCCAAUGAAUAA